AUGGAAAAAGCAAAUCUAACCUCCGAUUUUAUUCUACUGGGAUUCUCAGAUCUUCAGUACAACCACGCUGCUUUCUUCUCCACCAUUCUGGUCAUAUACGCCCUCACAUGGACUGCUAAUUUACUUUUACUAAGUGCUAUUAUACUUUCUCCUCGGUUGCACACGCCAAUGUACUUUUUCCUAGGGAACCUGUCAGUAGUGGACAUCUCUUUCUCUACCGUGACGGUUCCCAAGCUUCUGUCCAGCAUUCUUCAUGGAGAAGCCUCCAUCUCCUUCCAUGGUUGUUUCCUACAGAUGUACUUCUUUGUGUUUCUGGGGGUCACUGAGAUAUUUUUUUUGUCAAUCAUGGCGUUUGAUCGUUAUUUGGCUAUCUGUAACCCCUUGCGCUACAAAUCAUUCAUUAAUAAUACAGUUAUGGUCAUGCUGGCUAGUAGUUGUUGGGUUACCGGAACUCUGCAUUCAGUUGUGCAUGUAUAUAUUGUGUCACAAUUCAGCUACUGUGAGGACAGACUGAUCCCCCACUUCUUCUGUGACGAGACCCCCCUCAUCAAACUGUCCUGCUCCAGUACUUCGCUAGUUGAGCUCCUAAUUUACACCGAAGGUUCUAUUGCUAUAAUUAUUACAUUUCUUUUAAUACUUAUUUCCUAUGUGCUCAUUGCAAGGGCUAUUUGGAAAAUUAAGACCAGUAGUAGCCGAAGCAAAGCCUUUUCCUCAUGUUCUUCUCAUCUCAUGGUCAUAUCCUUGUUCUAUGGUACCAUCAUCUUCAUUUACUUUCGCCCUUCCUCAGACUACUCCUCCCAGUAUGAUCGUAUUGUUAGCAUGGCAUACACCGUCAUCACACCCAUGCUGAAUCCUUUUAUUUACAGCCUAAGGAACCAAGAUGUGAAACGGGCUCUGAAGAAACUCAUGAUGCAAUGA